ACUCGCAUCGCUCCCACCUGGGAGCCGAGAUCUUAUAUAUACCGGGAGUAAUGUAGACCGCUGCAAGGAGGCCAGUUUAGCCAUUUCGCUUUCAAGAAGAGCUCCAGCCGCGCAAACGAUCGCUGGCUUUCGAAUUUGGCGGGUCGUCUUGCAGCAUAAGAUCGUUUUCUUCGCCCCUAAACCCUAAACUCUAAACCCUUCUCGUCCCUAUCUCCUCCCUCUCCUCUUCUUGAUGCUAAAACCCCAUCGGCAACUCCCUCAGAUCCUCAAGAUGCGAGCUAUUCGCAGUCUCCUCCGCCACAAGAAUCUCCUGAAUCUUCCAACGGCCAAAUCCCUCUCAAAUUCUUGGCUCCUCUUCUCGAAUCCCACGGAGAAGUCGAGUUCUUUUCACCGAACAAUCUAUUCGGUCCAGAGAUGCGUCCACUCUGGAAAUCGAAGCUGGGAGGAAGAAUAUACGGUUUCGUCCAGUUUUGGAGACCCCGGAGAAAGCCCUAAAUCCUGGACGUCAUACGAUCCCUUCACCGACCAGCUUGAAUCCAGGGGAGAUGGAGACAACGAUCAAGAAGAGGAAUCGACAGCAAGAUUUAGGGCAGACAAGUCGGCCAAGAAGACAUUUUCUAGAAAGGAGAGGUAUUCGGAAGGGGGUUCGAAUGAGCGGGAGGAUGGACCCCGGGUUUGGACGUCCUUUGAUCCCCUGGAGGGACAGCUUGUAACAAGGGCGGCGGAAGAGGAUGACCCAGAAGAGAAGAGAUCCAAGACUAAGAAGGCGGUGCAGAAGAGAGUCUUGAAGAAAGAAAAGAAGUCAGAAGAGGAUUCGAGCGAGGGCGAUGAGAGGAAUAGGGUUUCUUUGGUCCCGAGUUCACAGUCCUGGUCAUCCAUUGUGAGGACGAGAACUGGGAAGGUGAAGGCCUCUUGGCUUUGUGGUAACUGUGGAGCUAAAUAUGGGCAGUGGUGGGGGACUUGCCCCUCUUGCCAGACCUUAGGCUCGGUGAAGAAGUUCUUGGAGACCGAACUCAAUAGGUCCAGGGGGGCUGAAGUUUCUGAGGCGGCAGUAGGGUCAUGGCUUAUGCAGCAACCGGACCAGUUGACUCCUAAGAGCUUGGCUGAUGUCAAUGCUGGGACGAACCAGUCAGAGUGGCGAAUCCCCCUAUCUGGACACUUUGGGAUGGAGGUUGCUAGGGUUCUUGGUGGUGGUAUUGUACCAGGUUCCUUGGUUUUAGUUGGAGGGGACCCUGGUGUUGGCAAAAGUACAUUAUUAUUGCAGAUUGCCGCUAUUGUAGCUCAAGGACUCAGUUUUAAGGGGUCUGCUCCAGUUGUAUACGUCUCCGGUGAGGAGAGUAUUGAACAAAUUGGGAACAGGGCUUACCGCAUGGGAAUCACAACAGAAGACCUCUACUUGUACUCAAGUACAGAUAUUGAGGACAUCUUGGAUAAAAUCCAAAAACUCUCUCCUCAAGCCCUUAUUGUGGAUUCUAUUCAAACUGUUUACUUGAGCGGAAUUGCUGGAAGUGCUGGAAAUGUUAUGCAGGUUAAGGAAUGCACAUCAGCCUUGUUGCGAUUUGCUAAGCGGACAAAUAUUCCUGUUCUCUUGAUCGGACAUGUUACAAAAUCUGGAGAUAUCGCUGGACCUCAUUUGGAGCAUAUUGUGGAUGUUGUUUUAUAUAUGGAGGGGGAGAGGUACUCAUCCUAUCGGUUGUUGCGAUCUGUGAAGAACCUUGGUUCAACAGAUGAGCUUGGGGUGUUUGAAAUGUCUGAGUCUGGUCUGCAAGCUGUCUCAAAUCCCAGUGAAAUGUUCUUAAGCGAGCAUAACUCUGAUUCUGAUUCUGAGAUCUUAGCUGGCCUUGCAGUUGCCGUGAUUGUAGAUGGUUCUCGAACUUUUCUUAUUGAAAUUCAGGCAUUAUGUGUAUCUGGCUCAUCAGUUGCAAGGCAUGUUAAUGGGUUACGAGAAAGCAGAGCUGACAUGAUAAUUUCUGUUCUUAUGAAGCAGGCAGGUCUAAAGCUGCAAGAUAAUGCCAUCUUUCUAAAUGUUGUUAGUGGAUUUAAGCUGACAGAGACUGCAGGAGAUCUUGCAAUAGCAGCUGCAAUUUGCAGCAGCUUCCUGGAAUUUCCCAUUCCUCUUGACAUUGCAUUCAUCGGAGAGAUUGGCCUUGGUGGUGAGCUUCGCAUGGUGCCAAGAAUGGAUAAGAGGGUAAUAGCUGUUUCCAAAUUGGGUUACAAGAAGUGCAUCAUACCCAAGGCAGCGGAGAAGUUGCUUUCUGCACUUCAUCUGGACAUCUUAAUCUUAGGUUGCAGGAAUUUGAAAGAGGUAAUCAAUACAGUAUUUCAAGCAAACUGAUAGUCUUAAAUCCUUUGUUCUUCUCACAUCGGUUCAUACAGGAUUAAUAUAGUAAAAUUGAUGGUGACGAAGCCCUUUAUGGUUCAUUUGUAUUAUGAAUUUUCAAUGAAAAUAUGAAGUAAGGAAUGAUGGCAUGACUCUCUAAAAUACUUAACAUUACAGACUCCGCAGCAUUCCAUCACAUUUAAUGAAAUUUUAGCUAUUGCAUUUUUAUGAGCAA